AUGGAGGCUGGCGGCGCUAGCACGACUACUACGAGGAAGAGGAAAGCAGCUGCGCUCGAGGGCCAUCCGGCUCCGGCGCCGGUGGCAGCGGCGACCGAUCCCGGAAUGGGCGAAGACGACGGAGGCGGAUCGGGUGAAAAUCGGCAAGAUCUCGACCGCCUCAGCAGCCUUCCCGAUGCGAUCCUCGGUGAGAUAAUAUCCCUCCUCCCCACCAAGCAAGGGGCUCGCACCCGGAUCCUCGUGUCCCGGUGGCGCCACCUCUGGUGCUCUACGCCCCUGAACCUCGACUGCCGUCACCUCGCCUGUACAUGGCACGAACUCCCUGCUCUCAUGCAUCGCAUCAUUAACGCCCACCAAGGCCCCGGCCGCCGCUUCUGCACUCCGGAGCUGUUGUACACCAUAAACGACAUAGAUGCUGUGGAGGCCUGUCUCCUAUCCCCCGCUUUGGCUAGGCUCGAGGAGCUUAAGCUCAACAGCUGGAGAAGGCAGCCGCUGCCGGAAUUAGUCUUCCGCUUCUCGGACACCCUCGUUGUUUUCCGCAUUGAACAGUGCAGCCUCCCGGACGCCACCGUCCACAGAUUUCAUUUUCCCCGGCUUCAGCGGCUCGAACUUGUUCAUAGCAGCAUCACGGAGUGCUCACUCCACAGCAUGAUUGCCGGCUGCCCUUCUCUGGAGUUCUUGCUAAUUUCUCGGUGCAGUGGACCUCGUUGCCUCCGGAUCAAUUCACUUGUCCUCAGAAGCGUUACAGUCAGCAAUUUUACACUGGGUGCACCCAUGUUAGACGAAAUCGUCAUCGAGAGUGCCCCUUGUCUCGAAAGUCUAUUCCAUCUAGAUCAGGACCGGGAUUUGCGUGUAUCAGUGAUCUUCGCACCUAAGUUUGAGACCUUAGGCUGUACCAACUCCACCAGGCUCCUCUUUGGUUCUAUGGAUAUUCAGGGAUCACGCACAAUCAAGUGUUUGGCUCAAACUAUGCCCACUCUUAGUUUGGAUAUGGUUAUUGGAUUGAUGAGAAGCUUUCCGUGCUUGGAGAAGUUGUACAUUCAGUGCAACACGUCAAGGAAGAACAAUAAUGUGUGGCGUCGUAAAUACCGCGAUCUUCUCAGAAGUCUUGACAUCCGUCUGAAAAUUAUGGUGUUGAAGUAUUAUUCCGGCAGAAAACCAGAUGUUGAUUUUGUCACAUUCUUUGUCCUCAACGCUAGACAGCUAGAGUCGAUGACACUUAUGGUCCAGACCGACGAUAUCGACGAGGACUUCUUGGCAAAACAGCACCACAAGCUUCAGCUGGAGAAGAGGGCUUCACAUGGUGCUCAGUUUCAUUUCACUGCGGAACGACGCCACGAAUUUGGAUACAAAUUAUCCUUUUGA